UUUUUAAUACGUUCGUUCACGUUUUCGCACAGAAGUUUUUAAUCGAAAUUACAUUUACACUGUGAAGGCAAAGGUCGCCUAGGUCAGGCGAACUUUUUUAGUACUUAUUUAAUUUACUGAGACUCGUAAAAAAUAUACCAAAAAUGUUCUCCCGCGCUUUCAAGCCCGUCUCAUCUGCAGUAGCCCAGAGUGGCUCAAAGAAUUUUUCCACAUCAUGUCAGAGGAAUUUCAAAGUCGUGGUCGCUGGCGCAUCCGGAGGUAUCGGUCAACCUUUGGCCCUGCUCCUAAAGCAGAACCCUCUGGUGACACGGCUGGCGCUUUACGACAUCGCGCCGGUGACCCCAGGAGUUGGAGUUGACCUUUCUCACAUGAAUACCCCAGCCAAGGUCUCUGGUCACAAAGGUCCUGAGGAACUCUCUGCAGCCAUUAAAGAUGCCGAUGUGGUGGUCAUCCCCGCCGGCGUGCCCCGCAAGCCAGGCAUGACUCGCGAUGACCUGUUCAACACAAACGCUUCCAUUGUGCGAGACCUGGCCAUCUCCAUCUCCCAGAACUCACCGAAAGCUAUCGUGGCCAUCAUCACCAACCCCGUCAACUCUAUGGUUCCCAUCGCAUCUGAGGUCUUGAAGAAGGCUGGAGUGUACGACCCUCGCCGCGUAUUGGGCGUCACCACCCUCGACGUGGUACGCGCAGCUGCCUUCAUCGGAGAGAUCAACGGCGUUGACCCCCGCUCGGUGACCAUUCCAGUCAUCGGUGGUCACUCCGGAGUCACUAUCAUUCCAGUUCUGAGUCAGAGCCAGCCACAAGUGAAGCUUAAUGACCAGGCCAAGAUUAAGGCACUCACAGAGAGGAUACAGGAGGCUGGCACUGAGGUGGUUAAGGCGAAGGCUGGAGGCGGCUCCGCCACUCUCUCCAUGGCGUUUGCUGGUGCGCGCCUCGCAGACGCUGUCCUCAGGGGAUUGAAGGGUGAUGCUAACGUAGUUGAAUGCGCUUACAUCAAAUCGGAUCUCACCGAGGCGACGUACUUCGCGAACCCUGUCCUCCUGGGGAAGAACGGAGUGGAGAAGAACCUCGGCUACGGCCAACUGAACGAGUACGAGCAACAGCUCCUGAAGGCCGCCAUCCCCGAGCUCGUGAAGAACAUUAAGACUGGUGAAGAAUUCGUGAAGAAGUAAAUAGUAAAUUAUAACAACCAGGCCAGUUUUGGACAAUAAAUGGUGGUAGAGGGCGCUGCUUGUUAAUGAAUGAUAUAUUAAUGAUAAACUUGUAUAUGUAUAAGAAUAUUGUAAAUAUAUACGUUUUUUUAUUUCAUCAAAACAAUAUUUUAAAGAGAUUUUUUGUUUGUUAUAACAAAACUCAUAAAUAAUUCAUUUUUUAUCUGCACUUACAUUAUUAGCGAG